CAGAGCAAGACAGAAUCAAAAUGUUCAGCUUUUUACAUCAAAGAAACAAAUAUACGACUAUUGACGUCAUACCCGGAUUAGGCGUAGUACUGUUAAUACUGAUUCACGACAGGUACUUUAUUUGUCGCCGUGGAAUAUGGUAUGAACUGAUACCGACCGCUUAUCCCGAGCAGUUUACCAAUCAAACAUAUGAACCACCAAGACACCUGCCGUGUAUCAUGUCAAAGGCGGAAACAGAGAAACGACGAAUACGGGAGAAACUAGAGAGGAGUGUAAAAGCAAUGGAACAAGUGUACAGAGAGGCUCACUUGUUAGAGGAGAUGGAGUGGGAUACUGAUUCUGUUGAGGAAUAUACAUCGGAAGAAGAGGAGGAAGAGCCAAUCUACUGGGAGUUUGUGAAACACCUUGUUGAGGACACUGACGACAGGAUAAUACAGGACGUUGAACAGGAGGAAAAUUAUAUGAUUGCACGUUUCGAUUUUCAUUAGGCAUUUUUUCUUCUUCUUUUUUUUUGAUGAAUAUUGAUCAAAUUAAAGUUUUGUACUAAUAUUUAAUUGCUCUUUUUUCG